AUGACGGCCAUAGAACUUAAAGAACAAGGCAAUCGUCUUUUUUGUGGAAGACAUUACGACGAUGCGGCUCAGUGUUACACAAAAGCUAUAGUAAGUUCAAAACUUCACGUGCUGGACACAGAUGACGAAAAAAACACCUCUUUGUUUUCUGUUAAGGGAAAAAUUUGCUUCAUAUUGUUUCAUGGUUUUUGUUCUUGUUCUACGUCAUUUGUGUUCGGUACACGAAGUAAAUGCCGUUCGGUCCUGACAAUGUGAUAAAGUUUACAGGUUCUUUAUGGUUUAUUUAUCAUAUGUUUAAUAGUUCAAUGUAACUUCAUCUUAAGUGAUAGACAUAUUGCUUCUUAAACAGAUUUUAUUAGAUAAAUUUGAUGGGCUGUUAAGUCCGUAAUGAUACUGUAAUUUUCCUUUGCGGAUUCUUCCCCUUCCGGCCGGUAUUUCUAGAAAUUCAUUCGCCAACAAAUUAUAUUGUAUAUUUCUAUAUAUGGACCAUUUUUUCUUUCUAUUUCUAUAAAUAUUCUUAUUUUUGAUCCUACAAAAAUAUAACUAUAUUUUGAUUCCUGGUAGUUCAGGGGGUAUCCAAUCAAUAGAAAUUGAUGGUUGGGAAACUAAUCCAUCAAUAUAUUUUAUUGAUAUCAAUAAAAAAAAUUAUUUAGUAUCAAUAAUUGGUAUCGGUCAAUCAAUGAUCAAUUAUUGAUAACCACACAAAAACCGUUCAUGGAUUGCUAUCAGUUUGCACAGCAACCUCGAACAGACAUCACGCCAACUACCUGUCCGAUCAUUUGCCAUUUUUAGGAAGCCCUAAGGACGAAAUUGGUAAAACAAUUAUUCUGACCCAGUCUUCUCAAGCAAAGAGUAUGCCCCUUGCACGACUAUACUCAAAUUACCCACUUGCCCAUCAUUGCCUUUUUGCGUCAUGAUAUAUAUAUAUGUCUACCCAAGAAGAACGGGAAGAGGCUUUACUGAAUAUAAGGUGCAUCGUCAAAGGCUACCAUCUUUGUGGUUUUGAGGUGAAUGUCAGUGAAGUGUUUACUGCUAACCAGAAGAGGAGGAGAACGUGGAAACACAUUAAAGUUGUUAACCAUUGUAGAUAGCUCUGCCACCAACAGUGCAAGCUUUUUUUUUUAAUCCCUUGGCUGUGUGGACGGGAGAAAAAGAACGGGAACAAACUUUUAAGUUGUCAAAGGAAAACAGACACUUGUGGUAUUGUUCUAUUGUUAAUGUUCGAAGCAUUAAAAUGAAAUGUGUUUAGUAUAGUAUUACUUUAAUGUUCAUGAGUUCCUUGAGGGAUGAAUUCACACUAUUUUCGUAACAAAACUUGGUAACAGAUGUUUUGGUUGGUUUCCGGCCACCAUGUUGGUACCCCUGAGAGGGUACCAACAUGACAUCUCUCUACAAAGCUCUACAUUAGGUACAGUUAACCCCAUUAAUACGGACACGGAGGGAGCCAUAGAAAGUGUCUGUAUUAAUGGGUUGUCUGUAUUCAUCAUCAUCUGUAUGGUCAAAUACUACACUCCAGAAUAUAAACAGAUUACAAUCUAUUCAGAAUUUUGCCAGCAAGAUCGUAACAAACUCUAGGAAGUUUGACCACGUAACACCUUUGCUUCGAGAGCUAAACUGGCUUCCUGUUAAAGAACAAUUAUUCUAUAGAGACUCCGUUUUGACCUUUAAAUGUCAGAACGAUCUUGCGCCUCAAUACUUAACGAGCAAGUUUACCAAGCGCUCAAAUAUACAUACUCGUAACACUCGUACACGGAACUCUUUGCAGAUUCCGCUAUACAGAACAGCUAUAGGCCAGCGCACAUUUUCCUACAGAGGGACCUACACAUGGAAUAACUUGCAUAAUGAACUUAGGCAAAGUGCCUCAUUGGCAUCUUUCAAGCGCACCCUGAAAAACACACUAUUGAGGCAGACAUUUCCUUCAUAAGCGUUAGAUUUUAAUAGAAUACCAUCAUAAAUUGUGAUUUCGAGUUUUUAUUGUCAUUUUUGCUUUUAUAAAUUGUAAAUAGUUUGUAAAUAGUUCCUGAAAAACCUCACGAGGAUGUUACUAUUUAAGUUAUUAUUAUUAUUAUUAUUAUUAUUAUUAUUAGGCAGGUUGAAUUUAGAGAAAAUGUAACUGGGCUUUCUUUCCACAGGGACAAAGAAAACUGUCCAUAAUAUUAAUAAUGAGGUGUCCAUAAAGUGGGGUUUAAUGGGAACAUAUUUCUCCAAAUGUCUGGCAUGUGAAAACUUGCACCAACCUAAAUCUUGGCCAGUGUCUUUGUAUAUUUACCUUCUUUCUUUCCCAUCAUUCUGGACUUUAUCUUUUGAAUGGAUGUCAAUUUCAUGACAGCAAAAACCAGCAGUUGGUGUUACUGAUGGCAAGUAGUUGUAGUUGUGUUGUGAUAAUAUUGUGAAGUUAGUUAUGUGGUGUUAACAGUGGUGGUAUUGUUGAUAAUGAACAAUAGUGGGAGUGUUGCUGAUGUGAUUGGUGGUGAUGAUAGAAGUGAUGAUAGAGUCAAGAACUGUUGUUGUGAUAAUAAAAUAGCCUCCACGCUUGACAGACUAUUUUUAUUCUUUAAAUGUAGGCAUUUCUUUUUUUUUUUCAUGUGUGUGUGCCAAAAUGGGGUCAUGGUCCCAGGCGUUCUUAGCAAAGACUGUGGAAACUGCAUAAGAAUCCUGAAAAAAGUUCAGGACUUCAACGGGAUUUGAACCCAUGACCUUAAAUCCCGUUGAAGUCCUGAAGUUUUUUUCAGGCUUCUUACGCAAUUGGACAAAUUUCACUCACAACUGUGAGGAUCAUUCUUCAUUUGAUUUCAUUUCUGCAGUUCUCAUAUGAUUUAUUUCAUAUACAUCUAUCACAUUCAUCUCUUUCACGGGAACAUAUGAACACAUAAUUGACAAGCUCCAACAUCAGCGGCUUCAUAGCUCAGUUGGUUAGAGCAUCGCACCGGUAUUGCAAGGUCAUGGGUUCAAAUCCUGUUGAAGUUCUGAAUUUUUUUCAGGCUUCUUAUGCAAUUGCAUAAAUUGCAUUCACAACUGCAAGGAUCAUUCCUUAUUUGAUUUCAUUUCCACAGUUCUUGUAUAAUUUAUUUCAUACACGUCUAUCCAGGAAUUUAGCUUAAUUUAUAACAGCGGGGAAAUGACAUUUGAUGGGUGGGUAAUAUGAGAAGAAAACAGUUGCCUUUUUAAAGACUGCAAUUUUUUUUUCUGCUGGAAAAAUCAAGUUGACAGCCGGGUAUUUUCCCCAGCUCCCGGCUAUUAUUUACAUCCCUGUCUAUCACGAGUCAUACAUUCUUUGUAAAAAUUGAAGUUUUUAAAAGAGGAUUUCUGCUAAACCAUUCGGUACAUUGGGUUCAAAUAGAUGACCGAAAUUGUUAUGCUCUUGUAAUAUUCAGAGCUUUUAUUUUAUUAGCUUCAUCAGAUAAUGAUAAGCAUAUGAUAAUGAGGCAAAAAAUGUAAACAACGAUUCACCUAUACUAUAGCAAUGCUAACAAAAAAAUUAGAGGUGAUGGUGAUGGGAUGUUUCUUACUUUCUUUCGUAAUUAUUUAUCUUUUUUUUUCAGGUCAAGAAUCCUACUGUUCCUACUUUCUUUACAAAUCGUGCCUUGUGCCAUCUUAAAUUAAAGAAAUGGACACAGGCUAUAAGUGACUGUCGACGAGCAAUAGAACUGGACACAAACUUAGUCAAGGCACAUUUCUUUCUUGGGCAGGCCCUGUUAGAACAAGAGAGUUAUGAUGAAGCUCUUGCGAGUUUGAAAAGAGGUUAAAAGAAAUUUUGUGUAAAAUAUAAUAACAUUAUUUGUUCAAAAUAUUUUGUCGUUUCUGGUUGGCUUUAAUCCCCUGGCUAAUUCUUCAUGACCAAAUCAAAUCUUUCAUCACUAAGAGUCAAGGCCAGAGGAUUUCCCCUGGCUUCUAUGAGAAUGAACACCCUUGGCUACUUUCCCCAGGAAACAAAGGGAAAAUACACACUGGAAGAAAUUCCUAGCAAUUCAAUUCCCUGCCUACUAGUAAGUACAUGCUCUGGCAACUUUGUAAAAAGUGAUCAUCUAAGAAAAGUCAUUUUCUGUGCCUAGUAAUUAUUGCAGUGCCUAGCAACUUUGUAAAAAGUGAUCAUCUAAAGAAAGUCAUUUUCUGUGAUUAUUCCUCUACUUAACAAAAGGGUUGAAAUAAUAAUAUUUAAUGUUUGUGGUUCUGUUUAAUGACCAGCUUAUGAUUUAGCCAAGGAACAGAAACUUAACUUUGGAGAUGAUAUAGCAAGUGCAGUUCGCUUAGCUAAAAAGAAGGUAUUCAUUGAAUACUAAGUUACUGGUAGUUGUUACUGUAGUCUAUCAAGUAAGACUUGAGUUUGUGCAGUUUUACUUGGUUUAAAAACCAACAUUAGGUGUGUGGAGGCUUGAAUAAAAUCUGGGGUUACUGAGAUUUGAGAGUAAAAAGUUUACUUGACUUAAGACAUUGUGAAGUUUACUUACUUGGAUCUAGUGCAAAGACUACCACCGACCAUUUAAUUUUCCAGAUUUGACCCUCGAGUUUGUUUUUUAUUUUGCUAAAAGAACAGUCAGUGCUGCUGGAAAUCAUUAUUUUAUUGUGUGCACAAGUUACAGAUUACUUAGUUACCUGCUAGCAGAUAACUUAUAGCGGUUACCUCAGGGGUCAAAAUAAUUUUGGACAGUGGCAGGUCAUGUUGACUGGCCAGACAAGUUUUAGCUUGGUCAUGGUUCGCUUCUGACCAAUCAAAAUGUUGAAAACUAGCAAUUCUAAAUGGUUAAUUGGCAUUCACAAAGCUGCACAAUGAGACCGUAAGACAGCCUCUUAUCUAUAUACUCCGAAUUUCUUUCUGCAUGGGGUGAAAAUAUUUAAUGAUUCAACUGUUUCGGUAACUUAGAGAAUUAUUGUAAAUAUAAAUAUUAUUUUUUCAAGUUAUUUAUUUUAAAGCCAUGCACUUGAUCAGUCAGAAUGACCAGCCAACUGAUUGUUCAUCCUGACAAAUGGUCAUCUUGGCCAGACAUUGUCCGUUGACCGGUGGUUAUUUUGAGCCCUGUUACCUGCCAGGUUCUGUUAGUUGCACCGAUUUCCAAAAGUAUCUGUAGGCUCUUAUGCCACUGAGAAGACAGAUAGUGAUUACAAUGUAUAAUAUUAAAUAUUUACCAUAACUUGCCAUAUAAAGCUGAGUACCAGUAAGGUGUCUCAAAGAGAUCUUAGUAGUGUUGUCUUAUUAUAAUAAUUGUUAUUAUUUGCAGCGCUUUAGCAUUGCAGAAGAAAAAAGAAUAAGCCAGGAAAUUGAACUCCAAUCCUAUCUAAACAACUUAAUCAUUGAAGAAAAGAAGAGGUGAACAUUACAUGUUAGAAGUGUUAGAACAUUACAGCGAUAGAAGUGUUAUUCACUUGUUUUUCAAGUGUGAUUAUUUCUCAUCUACAUCUAAAUGAUUCUUAUGAUUGGUACUAGUAAGACAUGCAAGGGAGAGACACAAUACAGGCUCACCAUUUCUUGGAACAUUAUAAUGAAGGGUAUAAAUGAAGUAAGUUUUGAAGAUUGGCCCCUUUAACAGACAGUAGAAUAAUAAUAUUAUAGGCUGUGCCUAUAUAUGUGCCUUUAUAUCUGCUGAAGAUGGGCUGUACUGCCCUUUGCAGAUCAGACAUCUAGAUUUAGGCUAAAAAGGUUCUAGCAGAAACACUACAUACAUUUCUUUAACACUUUGCUCAGUGAAACAUAUUAUGUUGAUAUCUGGCAAGUCAAAAGUGGUGCUUUAAUACUGAAGCAAGUAAAAAAUACAGUGCUUGCAUUCACCCUCUCCAUAGCAUUUGGGGCUAUCAAAAUGACAAAUAAAAAAUGUUUGUCUUAGCCUUGUUAGCACAUGUGUUAGUUACAGAGAGUGCAUAUUUUGAGCAAGGAAAUCUUUAGUAACUGCUUUCUAUAGCUGCUCUGCCUGAGCAAUCACUACUUGUAUGACAGUUUUGCUAUCCAGACAGGUUUCUAUGUUUACUUUCCUUCUUUGCAGACAAGUAAAUGCAGCAGGAAAGGAUGCCAGUGAAGAUGACAUAGAGAAAAUUGAACUGGAAUGUGUAAGGGAUUUUUACAGUUUGUAAUCUUGCAUGGUGUUGGUGAUUGUUUCCAUAAUCUUGGUCCACUCAUUAUUUAGCUCCUUUGCUAAAUAUGUGAUUGCAGGUGUGAGAACAUGUUUACCAUCUGUUUUUUCUCUGUUCAUCAUCAUACCUGUGAGCUGUACCUGUUGAGUAGUCACAGAGGGAAUGAUGCUAGAGUGGUAGAGCUAAUAAGUGGGUGUGUCAAGAGUCUUCAUCCCUAGGAUGCUGUUAGGAGCGCCCAUGAUGGGGCAGUGUCUUAUGGCAGGGUGCAAAGAAAGUCAGUUUUACAGCUUGCCAUUCGGGCAACUAUCCCCCCAAAAAAUUUUUGAUGAGCAGGAUUUAUUACAGUACUGUUCUUCUAUUAUUUGAAUUCCCCCAAAAAACUUGCACUUAGCCAUUGGGCAAGUUAAUUACAGAAUUCACUAGCCCCAGGUUAUCAGUCAGUUACUUUCUUUACACGCUUUAUGAGGGGAAGAGUUGUUGGGGCAGUUGCUAGAAGCAGCUGCACCAAUGGCAUGCAGGAACAGUUUUCCCCAAGGUGGUGUAGAGUUGAUUAAGUCUGAACCAGACAGCAUGUGGGAGGGAGUACCCAGCAGGUCCGCGUUGUUCAAACGUUGGAUAGCGCUAUACACUGUAUAAAUCACUAUCCAGUGGAUAAGUAUUAGGGAAACCAAUUGCACUGUAGGCUGGAUAGUGUUAUCCACCUUUUUGAACAACUGGGAACAGGUGUUUUGCUCUGUUAAGUUGGAGAGUAAUAAAGACGUUGCUCUUCAGGAUAGAAGAACAUCAGAACUAAACAGCCUCUUCAAACAAGUAGAUGAGAGAAGGAAGGUAAUUUAAUUUCAAAUGCACUAUAAUUUGUUUGUUUUGUAUUUACGUAGUUAGAUUUGAAUUGUGUGAUAAAGAAAUAAAGAAUUUCUCAAUUCCCAUUGGCUAAGAGAAAAGCAAUUUUCAAGAAACACAGGGAAGAAGAAUGGCAACUCAGUGCAAAAAAAAAAUGAAGUAUGAUAAUCUUUUUGGGGGGAAUACCGGUAAAUACACACAGUAUUAAGCACUUUUAAUUUUUGCCAAGGAAAAAAUUGACUGGUGCUUAAAUCAUGUAAUUACCUAUGCAGAGAUCAAAAAAGUGCUGUGUUGAAUUUUUAGUCUCUAAGUUACUUCUGAUCAAUUCUCGCCCUGGAGAUAGCGUACAAAAUGCUGAUAAUUUUGGAGGAAGUUCAGUAAUCAGAGGUCACUUUGGGCUUUAUACAUUUUUCGUGUGGAAGGGUUAAUGAGAGGAUGUUCUCACCGUUUUUUCUCCAGAAAAGAGAAGUACCAGAUUACCUCUGUGGACGGAUAAGUUUUGAGCUUAUGAAGGAUCCUGUCAUUACACCUAGUGGAAUAACGUAUCCUUUCCAGAUAAACUAUUUUAAAAUUGCCUUAAACCCCAGGGCCAGUUGUUCAAAGCUGGUCCAGCCAGCUGACAAAAACUGUAGUGCCACAUGGUAGGUGCAACACAAAUUAAUGAACUGGGAAAAAAUGUUUCAUGUUAAUCAUUCUGUAUGGAUGCUGCUUAACUGACAUACCUGGGAAGGGGGUGGGGGGUACUCAACAAAGUUUUAUACAUGGGAGCCUCCGCCCUGAGAUCCGACCCCUUUCCCAUUUACGUACCAUUUUAGACAGAACAGGUACCCCUUUUGUAUACCUUCUAUUCACAAAUGGUACCCAUUUCACUUACCUAGUUUAGAUCUUUGCAUCCCUUUUAACUGCUGUUAAUGCACUGUGUGUUAUGUAAGAAUACGUUACAAAAGCAGAACGUUCUCUCGACUUUUUCACAGCCGUAAGAUGGAUCUGUUGGCCCUUUUGGGCCUUGUACACACGGAAAUCACAGAUUUCCCUACCCUUUCAUAUACCUCAACUUAUGAAAUUUGGCCCCCUGUGUAUAUCAAAAGCUUUAAAAAGGUACCCCUUUCUGGCGAAGCCUUCCCGUAUAGGUCAUUAUAGGAAGUACCCAUCUCCACGAUCAUAUCAUAUUAAACAAAAUAAUUCUUAACGGUGAACAGGUAUGAUAGAAAGCACAUUGAGGAACAUCUGCAGGUAAGUUGCCAAUUCCUGUGUUAUUCAAUUCAUUUGCCAAUUUAGAAACAAUAAGGGAACUGGACCUGAAAUGAAUCCCUCAACAGACCAAUUUCAAUAAUAUUUAUUCAUACUUGGCUCCAAGGCUUAGAAGAAUAAAACAAAAGAAUUCUUCUUGAGGCUCAGCAAUGAAUAAUACAUUAAUUUUCAUUUGUUUUUUUCUCCCAAGCCUCGGAACCAAGUAUGAAUAAUAUUUAAUAUAUUGAAAUUGGUCUAUUGGUUCUGGGGUCAUUACUGGGGUCGCGCUGGUCAGCUAUUAGGCUGAUUUUGCAACAGAACGGGAACGUCAGUUAACGACGGCACGCGCAAAUUAAACAACUGGCUUAACUAAUAACAGAGCGGCAAAUUGAGUACUGGAAGUCGUGUUUAGUCUUUUCCAGGCGCUUUCCCUUUGUCAUCUGACGUUCCUGUCCUGUUGCUAAAUCAGCCUAUUGUAAGCAAACGAAUGUAAUGGGAUCUCUUGAAUUCCCUCUUGACAACACUGAAAAAAACUUUGCAGACCCCCAUCUGCAGAGCGAUUAAUUUGAAGCAUGUAAUUGGUCUAAAAAUAACUUUGACCGGCGAAAUUCAGAUAUCCCGAGGGCUAGACUGGGCCUUCCCUUCUCCGUGACUCCCAUUAUCAUUAACCCUUAAGUCCCAAUAGUGUCCAACAGCAAUUUUCUCCUAACAAUAUUCAUACAUUAUCAUGAGAUUAGGUUGUGAGAAUUAAUAAAAUGAUCACAUAAGAGAAAAUACGUUGAUCUUUUAUCAAAUUCUCUUAACUAAUUCUUAAAGGAAAUGUAUAGAGAUCAGUUUGGAGAAAUGGAUAUUGGGGAACAAUGUGAUGUUACACAACCACUCGAAACAUUUUCGCAACAAUAUUGCAAUGUUGGAACAAUGAUAACCUCAAACAAUGAGCAACAAUAUUGUGAUGCUUUGCUGAGCUAAAAACCGUCGCUGCGAAUUGUCUCGUGUUACAUCACCUUUAUUCUCUCCUGUUUGUCUACCAACACGGCUACUUUGUCGUGUGGUUACAAAUGAAGAAUUCAGUAGGGUGGGGAGGAAGUGGGGAACUGCUGCAUGUGGUCUUAUGGCUGCUAUUCAAAAUGUCCCAUGACAGUUGAGGCCAUGUUACAUGGGACGAUUCACCACCGCGAUUUUAAAUUGUUACAACGUUAUUCCAACAUUGCUCCCCUAAAAAUCGUCUUUGACACGACCAUGCAUUUUUUUUUCUAACUUUUUAAACUUUUUUUUAACUCUGAAACUAACCCCUCUAAGUAGAGCUGCUGAAAUGAAGCCAGGAACUAUUCGGUAACCGGUCAAGUCGCCCAAAACCAGAAUCAUGUCACCCGAAAUUUUAUCCGGUGUAAUGCACAGAAAAAUAUAGUUGAACAAAGCAGUGUGCGCUAAACCAUGUUGAGACGAACCAAGCGCGAUAUACGCGUUAUACUUUAUACAGUGUAAACCCGUGAGUAAGAACCUGGGCCUGGUUGUUCAAAGCUGGGUUAAGGUAACCCAGGGUUAGUGCGAAAUUUGAAUUCAGAUAUGAAAGCUUAAAAAGUAAAUUCAGUUUAAUUCUUUUUGUCAGCAAUAACAGAAAAAUAUUUGAGAGAAUUUUUUUGAGCGAAUGAAAAAGAAACCCCGGUUAAAUUUAACCCUGGGUUAAGCGCUUAUCGGCCUUUGAACAACUGGGCCCUGGGUUUUAAGAACCUGUUAGGCUAAAAUUUGCCAGUUAGGCCCCCUCUGUACAAGAACCUGUUAAGCCUAAAAAAAAGUUAACAAAAAAAUAUUUGAAACUGGUUCUUAUUUUCUAAAAUCUAUUAAACAAAAUUCUGUACACUUAGUUAAAAUAAGAUAAUUCAACAUUCAGGAUCCUCUUUAGAGACAUAGGUGCUUUAUCACUCCGUGAACUGCAUUGUAAUGGCAGAUUUUGUAUAAGAAAUAAGCUGAAUACCAUUAAGUGUUCUCAGCUACAUUGUAUUUUUUUCUUCAGAUAGUCUUAACGUAUUUAAGAACCUAAAUAGCCUGUAAAUUUGUGCUAAUUGCCAUUUUUGUAAGAACCUGUUUAGACUAACUUUGGAAAAUGUAGGUCCUUCAAACUCGCGGGUUUUUUCUGUAUCUCGUUCUUUAAUUAAGUCACGAUGAGACGAAACAAAAAGAACAGACGAAACAAGAGCGAUAUAGUUUAGGAUCCUGUUGAGCAUGUUAAAAUUUCAGGCGACAUAACUCUGUUUUCGGGCGAGAUGCCGGACUUUUGGGCGACUUCACAGUCUACCAACAUCUUACUUACGAACUCAACAAAUCACUCCAAGGUUGUCUUGUUUUUCAGCGCGUUGGACAUUUCGACCCAGUGACGAGGUCAGAUCUAAAACAGGAACAGCUUAGUCCCAACCUUGUCAUGAAGGAAGUAAUCGAUGCUUUUAUUGCAGAAAAUGAAUGGGUUGUAGAGGAAUAUUGAAGAGAGAUGACACCGGUUACUUAAUUGCCAACAAACACCCUUGUCCACAGAAACGACUGCAUGCAUUAUUCAUGACUUUCUCUAAAAUUCAAUUAAAUUGCAUCCGUCUUUGUUUUCUUUAAAAUCUGAAAUGUCAAUGUUGUGGCCUACAGGUUAUUAGAUAACUGUUAAAAAAAAAGUUUUCUUCAUUCAGACACCUUUUCGUCUGAAAAAUUCGUUUCAAGUACCUGUCUUCAAGCACGCCCUAUAAGGCUGAACGCAUCCUCCCUAACCUGCGAUCAGGCGAUAUUUUUUAAAAUUUUUUAUUGCUAUUUUGUCGGGGAAAAAAAUCGCCUGAUCGUAGGUUACAUCCUCCCGGAUCUCCGUCCUACGACAGUUCUUUACUCUCGGUUUUUUUUUUCAGUUACUAGGGUGCUUAAGAAACGACGACAGCGUCGGCAACGAAUAUGGCAAAAAAGCAAUAGGUUAAGAUUAGCAAUGAAUAACAUCUCGCUUUUUUGUACAUUUCUUAUCCGUCGUUGCACGACUACGACCUGCAACUUCUUGAUUUCACGGGUUUCAUCGAGGACGUGAACACGUGACAACGAGUUAAUGUUUCUUUUUCUGCACAUAUAGAUACAGUCCUAUAGACUUUAACUCCUGAAAAACACGCCAACAUUUGACAAAAUGAACCAGAUGGAAAAAGACGUAGAAGUUUGAAGCAGCGCGAAUUCACGUUUUGGGUGACAUUUUCGCUGCCGUGACCGCCGUGGUUGCUUAAGCUCCCUAAUGCGUUAAAUCGUACAACUUGUGACUUCGAGGCAGACUCUAUAGGAAGUUUGAGCAGCCAAGAUCACAACGGCAACGGGAACGUAAAAAAAAACAACAUAUUUUUAAAAUUUGCGCAUGUUCAGGAAUAGUCGCUCUAGAGUUUGACAGAACAGCAAUGUACUAUUUUAAGGGAAGUUCCCCCUGCCGUCGCUGUUUUAAGCUCCCUUUUGUUAUUGGAAUAACAUCUAGCCUGAGUGGUUGGCGGGAUUUGUGGGCGAGUGCUGUUUCUUUUUUUUUUUUUCAUUUUUGGCGUUUGAGCCGCGAGAAGUUUGGGAACAAGCCGCCAAGAAAGUACCCGCUGCAACCCGCCAUCUACGCAGGCUAAAUAAUGUCAUGAUUCGCCUAGAACCGAGUCUCUUGAUGGCCAACCCUAAAGAGAAGGUCUCAUGCGGGAACUUCAUGUUCUAGGCAAAGAGCGACCGAGACGCGAGCGCGAGGGGUGAUAUUCACGCGCCGCCGCGUUUCGCUCGCUCUACUAUGCCUGAGGGAAAAUGAGGGACUACUCGUAGUCUAAAGAUGUGUCGAUAUGAGGAAAAAAGUCGGGACAGUUUAAUAUCUACUUUGAGAAUUAAGAAAACACCUGUAGGCAAAAUACAAACCUUGAAAGCCUGUGUUUGUUAACAAGAGGACGAUCAUCGAAAAUCGUUCAAAAUUAAAAAGGGGAGGCACAGGCCCUCGGACAGCUCUGAUUUCAUGAUUUUUGCGAGUUUAUUCUGUGGAAGAGUGUGGAUGUACGCAAAGUAACCGGUGACUUACUAUUGUGUAAUGUAAAUAAUAUGAAACAAAAUAUAUGCUGUUAUUUUGAUAGUAAAUGCGUACGAGAAAGAUGCUAACUUCAACUGUCAAAAAAAUGGACAGACUGCAUUGGAAGUAUUUAUGUUUGUGGUAAAAUUCGUCGUUUGUUUUGGAGACAUGAAUAAAGAAACUGUUCUUUUACGAUUUUAUCUUUAUUCGGUCUGUUACCCAGCAGCUUGCAAAUCAGUGACAACGUCUGAAUACAG